AAAUGGAGGGCAGGCGAAUGAGGACCAGGAACAAUCCGAGGGGGCAGGCGCCGGUAGCAUCCCAAAGGGGAAGCCGGGCUGCAUCUCGGGGUUCGAGAGGAGGCCGUGGAGGCCGUGGAAGCCGUGGAGGCCAUCAAGCUCAAACUAUGAGUGAUGGCCAUGUGAGCUCGGUGUAUGAGACCAACACCGAAGACUAUGACUCAACCUACGUGCCAGAGACGGAGCAUGAAGAGACCCCGUAUGAUGGGGGUGACACGUACACCGAUGAUGAUAAUGAAGAGAGUGAUGCCAAGUUCGCCCAAAUGGGCGAAUUGCUUGAAUGGUAUCAAAAAGAAAAAUUGAGGAGGGACCUUAGGCGCCAAGCGAGGCGUGGCUCUCGCGGUGGUUCGGGUCAAGGAAGCCGGGGAGCUUCCGUGGCCACCCCAGCGGCGUCACAAGGUGGGCGUGAAGGAGGUUUUGUCGUGAGAAUCUCCAAGUACCUCAAGGAGGCUAGGGCCUUGGGGUGUAGGUCCUUUGACGGCACCGGUGACAUUACCGUUGCCGCGGAUUGGAUUAAGAAGGUGAAGGAUGCAUCAAGAGACAUGCAAAUCACACCGGACGUGAAGUUGACUGUCGCUUCGCGGUUACUUGAAGGUAUAGCCUCUACGUGGUGGGAGAGCGUGGAGGGGAAGUACCAUGGGGAAAUAACAUGGGCGGACUUUGAGCUAGAGUUCUAUGCUCAAUACUACUCCGAGUACGAGGUGAAUGUGAAACGGAGAGAGUACACUAACCUCAAACAGAAAGAUGGCGGCACAGUUAAACAACUGGAACAAGAGUUUAGAACCUUGGCUAGGUUCUUGCCGGAGUACGCGGUUGAUGAGAACCGCAUGACGGAGCACUUUUGGGAUGCCCUACUCUUGGACAUUCGUGACCGAGCUACGUACUCGCGCCACAUGACCUUCAGCGAGGUGGUGGAACAGGGCCUUCUCGGGGAGGCCCAAUGGAAUGAGAGGAAAGAGAGAGACGCCGAAGAGGCGAAAAAGAGAAAAUGGCAAAGCUCGGGGCCGCCCGAGCAAGCACGGAGGGAUAAACACGGCGGAGGUGGGGGUUCGUUCAAAACACCGGCACCACCGACAAAGAAGAACAAGGAUGCUCGGUGGCAUGCAUCCUCCUCCCAAAAGACGGGACCCCCUAGGUGUGCUAAUUGUUCGAAAAAUCACUUUGGGAAAUGCAAUGCACCCCCAAGGUGUUAUCAAUGUGGGAACACGGGUCACAUGAAGGCCAAUUGCCCACAACUAGGGGGAGGAGGAGCUCCGGGAUCCGGAGGAGGAACCAUGACGGGAAGAAACCGUGCGGGACCGUCAAACGGCGGUACGGGAAGAGGCAACGCAUCCACAAGUCAUGCCGCGUCCGUAAAUCAAGGCGGGACCCAAGCACGAGUGUACGCAAUGACCGAGGCGGAUGCACGAGCAAACCCGGACUCCGUUGCAGGUUGAAGCUAGGGCUUGCUACUUGCACCUUCUCACGGGUGAUAUCAAAUCAGGAAGACGUGGUUCGUGCUUCCUUAUUUUCUUUCAAACUACCGAACACUUGCUCAUGGAUAUUUGUUUUACUAUAAACACUUUUUGGGCUUGCAUGCCCAUGUUGUUGGCCGGUUGUGGCUCAUGACUUACCGUUGAAUAUUUCCGCUAUUCAUUGGUUUAAAAUGUGAUGUUGUUAUG